GGGAAAGAGGAGCAGUGACGAGAGAGAGAGAGAGAGAGAGAGAGAGAGAUUGGAAGAGAAGGAGGAGAUCUAUAGCUUGGAUUCUUGGAAUCGUGGAGGGUUUGAGGCCUUGGGAGGUUGGGAUCGCAACCGAGGUUUGGGGAGGAGGGAGGAGUGUAAACUCUGGUGGCGCAAGUUGGCAUAAGAUGGCUGUCUCGUGGUCCUCCGUCUUUAGGGUUUCCCUUAUGCUUGUUCUCCUUGCUGCCAUCGUCGCUGCCUUUGUUAUCUUUCCGGUUGAACAGAUUCUGAAAGACUUCCUUGUAUGGGUUAAGCAGAAUCUUGGACCUUGGGGACCUCUUGCAUUGGCUAUUGCGUACAUCCCACUGACAGUUUUGGCAGUUCCUGCUUCAAUACUUACACUUGGGGGUGGAUAUCUUUUUGGUUUGCCCCUUGGUUUUAUUGCAGACUCCAUUGGUGCCACAAUUGGUGCAACUGCUGCAUUUCUGCUAGGAAGAACAAUUGGAAGGCCUUAUGUUAUUUCCAAGUUGAAGGAUUAUCCAAAAUUUCAAGCUGUUGCUAUUGCAAUUGAGAGAUCUGGUUUCAAGAUUGUUUUUCUUCUUCGACUUGUGCCUUUGCUCCCAUUCAACAUGCUAAAUUACCUACUUUCAGUUACUCCUGUUAGUGUUGGAGAAUACAUGUUGGCUUCCUGGCUAGGGAUGAUGCCUAUUACACUUGCUCUAGUUUAUGUCGGGACAACUUUAAAGGAUCUGGCAGAUGUGACACAUGGAUGGAGUGAAGUUACCACUUCUCGAUUAGUAUUAAUCUUACUGGGGUUUGUGGUAUCUGCGAUACUGAUGGUAUGCGUCACGAAAGUAGCUAAGGCGUCACUGGAGAAGGCACUGGCGGAGAACCCUGAUGUGGAUAGCAUCCUCAUCUCACCUCAGUUGCCCGCGGAAUCUGCACCACCAUUGGAAGGACUAACCGAACCAUUGAUAGUUAAGAUUGAAACCUCAACCAACAAUCAUGAGAACUAACUUUCUUUCUUUACUUGUAAAUUCUUCUCCUUGUUUCCUCUCAUAUGCCUAAUUUAUCUCAUGUUUAUUUCUUAAGAAGUUUCUUAGGUUUCAGCAAAAUGUCUAUGAACUUAGCCUUUUGCUUAUAUUUUUUUUUAUAUAUAUAUAGUGUAAACAAAGAUGUCAAACAUGAUGUAGAACGUUUGUUUAAUAUAUAAAAGUUUCUUAGCAA